CUUUUGCUAGCUCGAAUUGCAGUUAUUUAAAUGUUGAAAAGGGGUGAACGAUAAGAAUGCCUUCUAAAUUUUCAUGUAAAGCUCAUGUGAAAGAUUAUUGCGCCACGUGCACCUUUGCCGGGGCUCGUUUUAUUGCUGAUGACACCAAACACUGGAUAGAAAGAUUGUUAUGGGCAGUUCUUGUAAUUCUAUCGUGGUAUGGCUCGGCUCUCCUUAUAAGCUCAGCCUGGGAGGCAUUCGUCAAGAGUCCCAUCAGCUUCGGUGUGGAAACAACUUACCUCGAUUGGGAAACCAGAGUUCCAUCUGUUGCCGUUUGCAAUCUAGAAGCCAAAAGCAAUAAAUUCCAAAUUUAUGAUAUUGAAAACAAAUUCUUUAAGAGUAUCGCCAAGUUUGAUGACGUAAUUAAAGAAAUCAUCUAUUUUCGCGGCCGAGCCUUUAGUCUAGUCAAAUAUUGUCUCCGAGAAAAUCGCGAUCCGCUUUGCCCCCUCUCAAACUACAGCUACUAUGCCUCGUUUAUACUCAGCCCUUGUCCUAAGGUUAUAGCCAACUGUUCUUACAACAACAAAGAAUUUGAUUGCUGUGAAUAUUUCCAACCAAUAGAAACUGAUAUGGGACUUUGCUACAUCAUCAACUCUAUUCAAACUAAAAAUCCAAAACCAUAUCCAAUGGUGAACAAUGUCAAACACAAACGUGGAGUUCUACGAUUCAAAUUAUUGCGUUCUUCAAUGGUAUACACACUGGGAGAAGAUGAGGUUCCAAACAUCGCGACUUUAGUAUCGUCAACUCUACAAGUGUUGAUGGGGAAACUAUACCGUCGAGAACUUAAUGUAAAAAACAUUGAGAACCACCCCCUAGUGGGGCAGACGACUCUGGAGCAGCGAGUCUGCCGGUUCCACCAUGAGAACGAAGAUGGUCUUUACCCCCAGUACUCCUACAGCGCCUGCAUUAUUCGCUGCCGAAAACUGGCCCAGUUGAAAACCUGCCAAUGCAAUGACCACUUUAUGGUCGGAGCUACUGAAGAGGAACAUUGCAACAUAACAGGCAUGGGGUGUCUUCACGACAACUCCGCCUAUCUGACUGCCCUCAAGCCUCAGUGGGCACAACGGCCGGGCCUUGUGUGCGACUGUCUACCGUCUUGUAACGAAACUGAAAUUAAUGUUAUCGAAGAUGUGGCCUUGCCACUACAAAAGGAAAGUUCAAAGGAAGUAUCCUACGUUGAAAUCAUACUUGCAUACUUACCGACUGAAAGAUUCAAGAGAAACGUAGUCAGAAGUCGUCUUGAUUUGGUUGUAUCACUGGGUGGUGCGGCUGGUUUGUUUGUCGGAGCCAGUUUGCUCAGCUUUGUUGAAUUAAUUUUCUUUUUCACCGUUCGCCUUAUCAACAACGUCUGGAUCGAAAAGCGUAAACAAAACAACAGUGUGCACCGAAUUAGAAACUGAUACGUAAGCAGAUAAACCAAAAGCAAAGUCGUGCCUUUUAGGGU